AUGACUGCUCUGAUACCACUUGACUUUCAACGGACCUCAGCUACCAGCAAUCCAACGGGCGGCUAUGCAUACAGCCGCGCUGGCACAUCGAAUGGGGCGACAAAGAAGCAAGACCCAUGGCCUUUCACCCUAGUUCAGGGGCCUCCCGGGACUGGAAAGACCCACACGGUUUGGGGAAUGCUUAAUGUGAUCCAUCUCGUCCAGUAUCAGCACUACUACACUGCACUGCUAAAGAAACUGGCACCCGAAACCUACAAGCAGGCCAACAAUGAGAACUCUUCUUCGUUGGAUAAUGUGGCUGUUGGGUCAAUUGAUGAGGUCCUCCAGAGCAUGGAUCAGAAUCUAUUCCGAACCCUUCCGAAGCUGUGCCCGAAGCCGAGGAUGCUGGUUUGUGCUCCCUCGAACGCGGCAACUGACGAGCUGCUAGCGCGUGUUCUCGACCGUGGAUUUAUCGAUGGGGAGAUGAAGGUUUACCGGCCGGAUGUUGCUCGGGUGGGCGUGGAUUCCCAGAGCAGGGCAGCACAGGCGGUGUCUGUAGAACGAAGGACGGAGCAGCUUCUUAUGAAGAGCCGUGAUGAAGUUCACGGGUGGAUGCACAGCCUGAGAAUGCGCGAGAACCAAUUGGCCCAGCAAAUUGCUUGCCUUCAUAGAGAGCUGAAUGUUGCUGCCUUGAGCGGACGUGCUCAGGGGUCGGUGGGUGUGGACCCAGAUGUUCUCAUGGCCAGGGACCAGAACCGAGACGCGUUGCUUCAGAACCUGGCGGCCGUAGUUGAGAACAAGGACAAGAUACUGGUGGAGAUGUCGCGGCUGCUCAUCUUGGAAGGCAGGUUCCGUGCAGGUGCCAACUUUAAUCUGGAGGAUGCUCGUGCAAAUCUGGAGGUGAGUUUCGCGAAUGAGGCCAAAAUCGUUUUCACAACAGAGUCGAGCAGCGGUCGUAAGCUCUUCUCCCGUCUCACUCACGGCUUCGACAUGGUUGUGAUAGACGAGGCGGCUCAGGCCAGUGAGGUGGCCGUGCUUCCUCCGCUUUCUCUUGGUGCUGCCCGUUGCGUCCUUAUUGGGGAUCCACAGCAGCUCCCAGCCACUGUCAUUAGUAAGGCCGCCGGGACUUUAUUAUACAGCAGAAGCCUUUUCGAGAGGUUCCAGCAGGCCGGGUGCCCCACCAUGCUGCUGUGUGUGCAGUACAGGAUGCACCCUCAUAUACGUGAUUUUCCUUCAAGGUACUUCUACCAAGGCCGUCUUACAGACAGCGAGAGCGUCGUUAAUCUUCCGGACGAGCUUUAUUACAAAGAUUCUCUGCUCAGGCCCUAUGUCUUUUAUGAUAUUACCUGCGGUCGCGAAUCUCACUGUAGGGGUUCUGUUUCGUUCCAGAAUACACAGGAGGCACAGUUUUGUGUACGUUUGUUCGAGCACCUUCAAAGGACAGUCAAGUCAAAUAGGAUUGGGAAAGUGUCUGUUGGGAUAAUCACGUCGUACAAGCUGCAGUUGAAAUGCCUGCAACGGGAGUUCAAGGAUGUUUUGAAUUCCGACCAAGGGAAAGACAAUUAUAAUGUCGUGUGUGCGUGCAUCCAAUCAUAG